AUGACCGACACGUCCGGGAGACCCAACUCGGAGGACCGGAAGCUCAUCCGCAGCCAUGUCAUGCGAGGCAAAAAUACGCGAGCGUCUCGCGCCGCUCCGAAGCGUGCGGCGGCUCCGUGGGCCGCAUAUGACAUUGACACGGCCGGGUCUGUUCAGGAGACGGAGUCACCCGAGGCGCUGCCAAUCCCCGUUGGUCGACCGGGUUCCGAGGUGGCACUCAGGUACAACGACAACAAGCGGGCAUCCCAGCGGGAAGUGUUGCAUGCGUCCAACGACCUGGACAUGUUUCGGUUUGCCGAAGACGUGGACGACAUCUCCCGGUCCAUGCUGUUUGAAUACUACGGGUUCAUCAAGGAGACCAUGUACCCGAUCGAGUGGUGUCUGAGCUUCGACGCCAGCAAGACGCCGUGGUUCUACUGGCUCCUCUCCGACGCCGCCUUUCUGAACUCCAUGCUCUUCACCGUCGGCCUGUUGCACGACUCAGUCGAGGGCAAGACGAGCAAGAGGACCAACUUCCACGUGUGGAGGACGCUGAAGCUCCUGAACAAGCACAUCACGGACAAGGACCUGGCGCUGGCAGACUCCACCAUCGCGACGGUCGUCUCCAUGUGCAUGGUGUCCGAGAUCUUUGGGGACAGGGACGGCGCCACGGCCCACGUCAGGGGUCUGCGCCGGAUCGUCGAGCUGCGAGGCGGCAUCGAGAGCUUUGGGCACAACCUGCAGCUGCAGGUCAAGAUUUGCCGCGUGGACAUCGGCUGGAGUCUAUGUACAGGGGAGAAGCCGCUUUACUACAGAGACGGCAUCGAUUGGGGGUCGUCCUUGGGCCGCAAACUCGGUGACUUGCCCGCCGGCUUCCAACGCAGCCGAGAUCGGUGCCGCAUCCGCCUCCUCGCCGACUCGUUCGAUCCUCGGCUGGGAAACGUCUUCCAGGACCUCCACGACUUCUCCCUCCUGGCCAACUACCUCGCGGAGACGGGCCAAAAGAUCGAACCGCACGUGUUCCAGAACCUGAUGACCUCCGUCCAGUAUCGUCUGCUCUACCUGGAGCCGGCCACGAGGGCUGGCGUGGCCGACAUGUUCCGCCUCGGCAUGAGCAGCUACAUCACGACCCUGUUCCUCAAGGUCCACGGGGCCAAGAUCCCGCUGGCGGCCUUGACCAGCCAGCUCCGGUCCGUCUGCCGGCAGUUUGAAGUCGCCGACGCGUCGACCGCCGCCGUCAGGCUCCUUGUUGCCUGGACCCUCGUCACCGGCGCCAUAUCCGUCUUCGACGGCAACGAAGACGACGACGCGUGGCUGAUACCCAAGCUCGCGUCCCUGCGCGACUCCCUGGGCGCGACGUGGCCGGAAGCCGAGGCGAGGCUGGGAGAGGUCAUGUGGGUGGAACUCGCCCACAGCUCACAAGGUGUCAAGGUGUUUGAGAAGCUGGUGUUGCACGUCGCCAAAGUGCCGCCUACCAAGGCGUCCCCGCGGAGCAGAUGGCGGCUGGACAGUCCGGCCUCAUCACAUCAAGGAAGGUUUUCAUCAACCCAAGAUGUCGUUGGUGCGGUUGUUGUUUAA